AUGGAGAACGGAACUUCCAACAAUCUGCAGGAUGGACUUUCGUGCGAGGAGUUGUUCAAGAAGAGCGAUGGACUGACGUACAAUGACUUCAUCAUCCUGCCCGGUUUCAUCGAUUUUAUUGCAGAAGAAGUGGAUCUAUCAUCCCCGUUGACGAAGAAAAUCAUGCUGAAGGCACCGCUCGUAUCCUCCCCCAUGGACACGGUUACCGAAGCCGAAAUGGCAAUCGCGAUGGCGCUGUGUGGUGGUAUCGGCAUUAUCCAUCACAAUUGCACUCCGGAGUACCAGGCGAACGAGGUUCAUAAGGUGAAAAAGUACAAGCAUGGCUUCAUCCGUGACCCGCUCGUGAUGGGUCCGGAAAAUACGGUGGCCGACGUGCUGGAGGCCAAACGUAAGAAUGGCUUCACCGGGUAUCCGAUCACGGAGAAUGGCAAAAUCGGUACCCGGCUGGUGGGUAUCGUUACGUCACGCGAUAUUGACUUCCGCGAGCACGACGUCGACAUCAAGCUGAAGGACAUUAUGACGAAGCUGGAUGAGCUGAUAACGGCACCGAACGGUGUAACGCUGCAGGAAGCGAACAGCAUUAUGGAGAAAAGUAAAAAGGGCAAGCUACCGAUCGUGAAUAAGACCGGCGAGCUGGUAGCGUUGAUUGCUCGGACCGAUCUGAAAAAGGGACGUACCUAUCCGAACGCACUGAAGGACAGCAAUAAGCAAUUGCUGGUGGGCGCAGCCAUCGGUACGCGCGAAGAAGACAAAGCCCGACUGGAGCUGCUGUACCAAAACGGCGUGGACGUGAUCGUGCUGGAUUCGUCCCAGGGCAACUCGCUCUAUCAGAUCAAUAUGAUCAAGUUCAUCAAGGAGAAGUAUCCUUCACUGCAGGUAAUUGCUGGCAACGUUGUGACGCGCCAGCAGGCGUACAAUCUCAUUACGGCCGGGUGCGAUGCAUUGCGCGUGGGCAUGGGCUCGGGGUCGAUCUGUAUCACGCAGGAGGUGAUGGCGUGCGGCUGCCCGCAGGCAACGGCCGUCUAUCAGGUGUGCAAUCUUGCCCGCCAGUACGGUGUACCGGUGAUAGCGGACGGUGGCAUACAGUCGAUCGGACACAUCGUGAAAGCCCUGUCGCUGGGCGCAUCGGCCGUGAUGAUGGGAUCGCUGCUGGCCGGUACUUCGGAGGCACCCGGCGAGUACUACUUCAGCGAUGGCGUACGUCUGAAGAAGUACCGCGGAAUGGGCAGUCUGGAAGCGAUGGAGCGCAAGGAUGGUAAGGGUGCGGCCAGUUCCCGUUACUAUCAUACGGAGAUCGAAAAGAUGCGUGUGGCGCAGGGUGUCAGUGGCAGUAUUGUCGAUAAGGGUUCUAUUCUGCGCUUUGUACCGUACCUGUUGUGCGGUCUUCAGCACAGCUGCCAAGAUAUUGGUGCACGUUCCAUCACAAACCUAAGAAAAAUGAUCUACAACGGUGAGUUGCGUUUCAUGAAGCGUACCCACUCGGCCCAGCUGGAGGGCAACGUGCACGGUCUGUUCUCGUACGAGAAACGUCUGUUCUGA